GCACCGCCAUCACCCCGCCGGGCCCACCCCGCCCCUCGGCCGCGCUGUCCGGAGCCCCGUCGCUGGGGCUCCCGGCAGCUGCCGCGGGGGUGGGACGGGACGGGAAGGGAGCGGCCAAUCAGGCGGCGCCUCCGCGCCCGUCGCAGCAGCGGCAGGAGCGAGCCGAGGGGAGGGGCGGGGAGAGGGUCGCGAGGCGGAACUCCGGCGUGCGGGUGCGCGCGCGCGCUGGCUUUGCGGGUUCGAGACCGGACCAUGGCGGUAACGGCCACUCGGCGGAGCUGGGCCCCGCUGUGCCUGGCGGCGGCUGUGCUGCUCUUCCCCGGGGCGGCCGCAUUACAAUGUUAUUGCCAUCUAUGUACAAAAGACAACUUUACAUGCGUGACAGAUGGGCUUUGUUUUACCUCAGUAACACGGACUGCAGACAAAGUCAUACACAAUAGCAUGUGUAUAGCAGAAAUUGAUCUGAUUCCCCGAGACAGGCCAUUUGUUUGUGCACCAUCGUCCAGAGAUGGAGUUAUUACUUUGCCUCAUUGCUGUGACAAAGACCACUGCAAUAAAAUAGAACUUCCGAUUCCAACACCAGGUCCUACUCCAGGAAAACCAGCUUCUAAUCUAGGACCUGUGGAACUGGCAGCUGUUAUUGCCGGACCUGUCUGCUUUGUCUGCAUUUCACUAAUGUUGAUUCUAUACCUUUGUCAUAACCGUACUGUGAUUCAUCAUCGUGUGCCAAGUGAAGAAGAUCCCUCAUUAGAUCGUCCCUUUAUAUCAGAAGGAACUACUUUAAAGGAUUUAAUUUAUGAUAUGACAACUUCAGGCUCUGGGUCAGGUUUACCUUUACUUGUGCAAAGAACAAUUGCAAGAACUAUAGUACUUCAAGAAAGCAUUGGUAAGGGUCGCUUUGGAGAAGUAUGGCGAGGGAAAUGGAGAGGAGAAGAAGUUGCUGUGAAGAUCUUCUCUUCAAGAGAAGAACGCUCGUGGUUUCGGGAGGCAGAAAUUUAUCAAACAGUUAUGCUACGACAUGAAAACAUUCUCGGAUUUAUAGCUGCAGACAAUAAAGACAAUGGUACAUGGACUCAGCUGUGGUUGGUGUCAGACUAUCAUGAACAUGGAUCACUCUUUGAUUACCUGAACAGGUAUACAGUAACUGUGGAAGGAAUGAUAAAAUUAGCUUUAUCCACUGCCAGUGGCCUUGCUCAUCUUCACAUGGAAAUUGUGGGCACACAAGGCAAACCAGCGAUUGCCCACAGAGAUUUGAAAUCAAAAAACAUAUUGGUAAAAAAGAAUGGAACAUGCUGCAUUGCAGACCUAGGAUUGGCAGUUAGGCAUGAUUCCGCUACAGACACAAUUGAUAUUGCCCCCAACCACAGAGUAGGAACAAAAAGGUACAUGGCACCUGAAGUUUUAGAUGAUUCCAUAAAUAUGAAACAUUUUGAGUCGUUCAAACGAGCAGACAUCUAUGCAAUGGGAUUAGUGUUUUGGGAAAUAGCUCGGCGAUGUUCAAUUGGUGGAAUCCAUGAAGAUUACCAGUUGCCAUACUAUGACCUAGUUCCUUCAGAUCCUUCUGUUGAAGAAAUGAGGAAAGUUGUUUGUGAGCAGAAGUUAAGGCCCAAUAUUCCAAACAGAUGGCAGAGCUGCGAGGCAUUGCGAGUAAUGGCGAAAAUCAUGCGGGAAUGCUGGUAUGCCAACGGAGCUGCUAGGCUAACAGCUUUGCGCAUUAAGAAAACAUUAUCACAGCUUAGUCAACAGGAGGGGAUAAAGAUGUAAUCCUGGAUUUGCUACCGAAAAUACUGUAAAAAUCCAUAUCUGCACCAGAGUGGCAUGUUAAGAACAUUAAUUGUUCUACCUCAUUGAGGGAACAGAAGGAUAUUGCUGCCUUUUAAUACUUCAUAGGAACGUCACUUACUAGGAUUUUUGUGGACAUUCUAAACAGUUGUUUUGGGUCCUGUCUGUGCACUAUGAACCUCUUCUCAAGGUUACUUACAAAACAUCAUGUAGUCUAGUUUUAUUUUUAUUAACCUAUAUUUUUUUUAUUUGGAAAGUUCAUAGCUGGUCUUAACUUCUAGUUAACUGUGCUAAAAAUAUGAGAUCACUUUUAAAAUGGAACCAGUUCACUAUAGUGUUCUAGAGCGCAUUGAUGGCUUUUUAAGCAACAUUAUUCCUGGCUGGUACAUUGACUAUUCUGAACCACCAUGACGGUUCUUAGAUUCAGAUUUUGAAUGUACCGUUGGAGCAUACUUUGCUAGCUAUUAAGGUUGUAUGUCUUUCGGACUUUUACCUAGAUUUGCAAAUUGACCUCAUUUGGUUGUGAGGAACAUAAUUUAUGCAACUGUAUACAUGAUUGCUGUUACAUUUUCCAUUUUUUCAGAACACUACAUUGCCUUCAAAAUAGAUUGUAUUAUACCAGUAAGUGCUACUUUUGAGUCUUUUAAUGCAAAACAGUAGGAGUGUACAAAGCCUAUGGUACUUUUGGUUUCAAAAAUACAAGUUAAAAACUCAACUGUUCCUUUCCCUAAGAUUUAAUUCACACCCAUUUCAGCAAGUAUAUGUUUUGUGGAAUAUCUUUAAUUUUACCAAAACCUGACUCUUUAAACCACUGUAGGAGUUUCAAACCGUGUAAGCUAGUCACUGUGUAAGCUAAUAAUUCACUGUCGUAUUUUGUAAUUAUCGAGUCAUAAGUCAUAAUUACAUGUAAGAUUUUUUUCUAUCAAGUGGUACUUUUAAAAUGCUUGAAGUACCCAUGUACUUAAGAAAAGUAGGAAGGGGACUAAGAUGUUUUUAAGGGAGAUUUUCCUCCUUUUAAUUAAAUAAGAACAGCCUGCUUGCUGUGCAGUUCUACAGUCUUUAGGCUAAAAAAAACCAACACCGUUUUCAAUUAAAUGAGGAUUAAGUGCACCUUCAACUGUGGAGAAUUUAUUUGGGCUUUUGAACAAGCAAGUUAAAAGCUCCUUACACAUUCUAUGUACAUAUUUUUUGUGUGUGCCAUGUACACAGGAAGUGAUGAGCUGAAGGUCUCUGGGUACAAAUACCAGGGGGCUCCAUCAGUUGUCUUCAUAGUUACAGGAACAACGUUGAUGAUGGCUUGUGUCAUCAUAAGAAGACAGAAUGGUAUGCAUGGCUUUAGUCAAGUUUUGCCUGAAAUUGUAAGGAUAUCACAAGAUUUUGACAAACUUCUUUAGAAAUUGAAUUUUCUCUGCCCAAAUUUAUAACUUCUGGAGGGGAACUGGGGGGGAAUCCAUGUAGAAACCUUUAAAACUAUUGUCUCCAGGAUAUCAUUUUAAUUGCAAUAUUAGGAAGAAUCUGGCUGACCUUUGGUAUCAUUAAUGUCUGUCAGGAUUUCUGUAUGUAAAUGUGCCUGGUAAUUAGUAUGCAACCUAACAGUUAACUUCUUAUCCUCCAGAGCGCAUCGAUAUCCUUGGUAUGCAACACAUACAGGGAAACCUUAAUUCUGCUCCCUUUUUAUUCGGCAAGGUGGUUGCAAAAAGGAGCACAGUUGAGAUUGUGUUCCUUUGUCUGUGAUACGUAGCAGUUAAAGCAGUAAAAAGAGGCUAUGUAGGUAGCAAAAGACUUUGCCAAGACUUAGCAUUAGCACUUCACUAACUCAUGUAUUUCCAAAUCCAUGUUUGGAGAGGAGCUAGCUUAAUUGAUGCGGGAAUUACAAAAAAUGCAGAGGUUGAACUGCAAACAAUGAAAUACUUUCUUCAGCCACCGUUAUGGAUGAGUUCACUCAUCUGGGAGAACAGGGAAAAAAAUAAAAGGGAAGUUCUUAGCAGAAAACAACAGUGUUUAAAUGUAUAUACAACUGCCACACUUAGUUUUUUUGGCAUUAACCUCCCAGUUGUGCUUUCUGACCUAUAUCAAGCAAAGUUGAAUAAAAAGUGACUUCACGUAAGGAUUUUAAAUAAAUUCUGCUUCUAUGCAAAUGGUCAGCUGUGCACCACAGAUUUUUCCAAUUAUGACUGUUUAAAAAAAAAAAAUGAAUAACUAAACUCCCCAUUCUACCUACUUGGCAUGCUUCCCUAACAAGUUCUAUAUAUCUAAACAUAUAUUUAAAGAAACAGGUCAGCGUUGAAGGAGGACUUACUAUUAGCUCCGUACUAAUUUCAAAGGCUUCCUAUUUAAACACUUUUUUUUUUAAUUUCAGUUUGCCAUACCUUUCUUUACCUGGUUCUUUACCAAAUACAUUUAGAUACAAAUGGUAUAGUUCAUACUUCCGAAACAUCAAGCUACCAGCAUGCUUCUGAUCUUUGUAAUAAUCUUGAUGGUAUUGUGUGAGAGUUUCCAGUCUAAUUCAUCAGAUAGCUUAAUUUGGGGAGGAGAGAGGUGGGAAUUACCACAUACAAAAUCUUGUCACCGUAACAUUUAGUUUCCUAAAAUGUAAGGAGCAGUUCUAUAGCACUUAAAAGAGCACUUAAAAUGUGGCGCCUAAAGAGCAUAAUGGCAUGCAGAUUAUUCAGUCAGUUGUACUCAUAUAACCACCUACUAUUCUUCAUUCUCCUGAAUUGCUUAGCAAUUCCUGUGGUGUUCUAAUUUUUAACUUUGUAAUAGAAGCUUGCAAAAACAAAGCACAGGAAGGACACUUGAUGCAGUGUGUGACCUUAUGAACAUUAUUUUGAACAACCAACCAUAUUAUUCACAUUGGAAUGCAGAACAGGAAAAUUCUGAAUGGAGUUGUAUGUAUCCUCAGUUCUGAUACCACAACUUCAAGCUGUGUUUUUGUUUUGUUGUUUUUUUUACGUUAUAUAAACUGAACACCUUUUACAAAGGCUGUGUCUGUAUAUAUUAUGUAACUUUAAAUGUUACCUGUGUAAGAUCAUAUCUUAUAUAUAUGGACACAGGUACACAUAAGUAUUUUUUAAAUUAAGAUUGUAAUAUCACUAGAUCUGCUCUUGGAAAUCCAGGGGGACCAAAAUAUUUUAGCAUUCAAAAUACUAAUUUUGUAUAAUUUCAAGUAUAUGCCAAAACAUUUUGAUGAAUAUUGAUACAAAUGUUUAUUGUACAUUAAACAUUCAUUUAAGUUUAAUCACUUCAGUCAAUUUGAUAUUUUAGUAGCAUUGAAGCCUCAGUGACUAAGUGGACACAUAAGGACAUGGAGAAUAAGGAGCAUUGGAAAUGGUCUGAUGCUGAAAAGCCUGAAAAGUUGCUUUUGGAAUGCUGGAAUUCUUCAGGGACCUUCCAACUUUAAAAGCUGGAUUUCUGGGUUGUUUCUCAAGCUGAUUUUCCAAGCAUGUCACCCUGUCACCCUCCAAUGGUUUCACUUGUAAUCCUGAGAAAGACUUUUGUAUAUAGGGUAAAGACAUUGGGUUUGACUGUAUCGGGACAUGAAGGUGUCAAAUGAUUAAGAGGCUAUAUUAUAGUUUUCAGUAAUGGUUCUGAGUGUGACUGCCAUGAAAUUCACUGUUUAGUUGGUUCCUUGUUUGUAUCAUUCCAUUGAAAUGAUUGCAAGGUGUUAAUCAUUUUACAUUAAAAAUAUAUAUAUAUCACUAUAUCAGUUGCUUUAAACUCAAAAUACCUCUUAAAAGAUCAAGGUACAUUUACCUCAUGUGUAUAUAAUGUUUAAUAUUUUUCAGAAUAUUCUCCAGAUUUGCAGUUACAUAUUUGUAGAAAUAUGGGUGUUACUAAAUUUACAACAGUAAAUUCUGCGGUACUAAAUGUAUUAUCUCAUGCCCCCAAACACUUUCAUUUUCUGUAUUGUGUUAGCAAGUUUGCUGCUUUGUCAAUGUAACACCUGCCCUUUAUGUAGCUGUGUGUAUACUGCCUUGUAAAUUUUACUUUUUAGAUGAUAAAUUUGAAGAUCCUGUACAGAUGAGUGUCACUCUUUUAAACCUCACAAAAUUGUGCAUUUCCCCUUAAAUUUCUGAAAAUAUGUAUUGUAUUUGUAGAGUAUACACUUCAGUGGAUUGUAAACAGGACAGUAGAAGAGUGGAUGCUUAUGCGUAAGUGGUAACACUACAGUAGAGAGAUUAAAGCAGUGAAAAUAAAUUACUUUUUUUUUUUUCCUCUCCAAAAUACAUGAGUUGUCCUUCAGAGGAAGAAGUUACAGGUACGUUCUGGACGUGAUGUUCUUAACUGGCAAAAUGCGGGUUUACAGUGAGGUACCUGUGAAUUUCUUUCUACUGAAGGAAUUUCUGCUGCCAUAAAAAUGAUAAAGGGGUUUGCUAAUACUGAGGCAAUCCAUCUCAUGUACGCAAUGCAAAUAAUGAUAAUGUGCCUGAUCUUCCUUGUGUCCUAUAAUGUUUGAAUAGGAUAGGUACAUUGCUGGUGUCUAUGAUAAUUAACGACAGCCUAGAAAGUCUUGCUUCUUUCUGUUUUACAUUUAUAUACGUUUAGAAGAGGUACCACUUACAUUUACGUAUAAGAACUCGUGAGAAUUUCAAAAGACUUCAGCAGCUGACCUCAGUGUGUUGCAGAACAGCAAGUAAAGUCUGCUUGUGUUGAACUGGAUUGCUUCUGUGCAAAACUCAGUUAUAAACUGAUGUUAUAUUUCUGAAAGAAUUGAGAUGCAGGCACAGCAACAAAAAUAAGAUGUCUUGGCCUUAUGUGCACCCAUUUUAAUUCAAAUUAGAAUAGUUCAGUUGGGAUAGACCUACAAAAGAUCAUCAAGUCCAACUGCCUGACCACUUCAGGGCUAAACAAAAGUUAGAGCAUAUUAUUAAGGGCGUUGUCCAGGAUGCCCCUAGAACACUGACAGGCAUGGGGCAUCAACUACCUUGCUAGGAUGCCUGUUGCAAUGGAGAAAUCUUUCCAGAUAUCUAAUGUAAACCUCCCCUGCUUCAGCUUUGUACUAUUCCCAUGCACUAAUUACAAUGGCACCUUUAAUCACCUCUUUUGACCAGGUGGCUGUUCUGUGUUUAAUGCACCCCAAAAUAUGGUUUGUCCUCUUAGCUGUCAGGGCAUUCAGAAAUCACCAGCAUAGCUUCUAGUAAACUCUCUCCAAACUGGGAAUCCUUAAGGUAUUCAGAGAAAGCCAAAAGCUGUAUCAAAAUGUGUUCAUCUUUCACAGAAGGUAUGAUUAUUUGGCUGAAAACAUGCUCAUGCUUCUCCCAUGAGUGACUAGAGAAAGGCCUCCCCCAACACUACAAACCACAAAAAAUUCAGUAAAAUCAAAUCCUAUGUUCCUUUUGUAAAUCUGUCAGAGAAAAUGUAUGGCCUCAAAAUAGCGUAGUAGUGUUGACAUCUAUCAAGCUUAAUUUCUAUUGAAUGUGGAUUUCUAUGUUUCAUGCUUUCAGGAUAAGAUUCAGGUUGAAGUUAGCUUACUAAAAUACAUCUGAUAGCAAUCAGAUAGAACAUCAGGUCAGGUGGUUUUUGAUCUGGGUGCAAUACAGUCUUGCAUGAUAUUUUUACAUUGCUACAAGGAGCUGACAAAGUGUAUGUGGUCAUCUUUCAUGUGACUUGCUCUGAGGUGUGCCUAAU